GGCCCGCCACGUCCCUCACGUAGCGCCUGGCCGCGGCUCGGAGCGGCAAGCUGGCGCGGGGGGCUCCGGCUCCUCCGGCUGGGCUCGGCAUGAGGCUGGCGCGGCUGCUGCGCGGGGCCGCCUCGGCCGGCCCGGGCCCCGGGCUACGCGCCUCCGGCCCCAGCGCCAGCCGCAGCCUCGCCUCGGAUUCGGGCUCCGGCCCGGCGUCGGAACGCGGCGUUCCGGGCCAAGUGGACUUCUACGCGCGCUUCUCGCCGUCGCCGCUCUCCAUGAAGCAGUUCCUGGACUUCGGAUCAGUGAAUGCUUGUGAAAAGACCUCAUUUAUGUUUCUGCGGCAAGAGUUGCCUGUGAGACUGGCAAAUAUAAUGAAAGAAAUAAGUCUUCUUCCAGAUAAUCUUCUCAGGACGCCAUCCGUUCAAUUGGUUCAAAGCUGGUAUAUCCAGAGUCUUCAGGAGCUUCUUGAGUUUAAGGAUAAAAGUGCUGAAGAUGCUAAAGCCAUUUAUGACUUCACAGAUACUGUGAUACGGAUCAGAAACCGACACAACGAUGUCAUUCCCACAAUGGCCCAGGGAGUGGUUGAAUACAAGGAGAGCUUUGGGGUGGAUCCUGUUACCAGCCAGAAUGUGCAGUACUUUUUGGAUCGAUUCUACAUGAGUCGAAUUUCAAUAAGAAUGUUACUCAAUCAGCACUCUUUAUUGUUUGGUGGAAAAGGAAGUCCAUCUCAUCGAAAACACAUUGGUAGCAUAAACCCAAACUGCAACGUAGUCGAAGUUAUUAAAGAUGGCUAUGAAAAUGCUAGGCGUCUCUGUGAUUUGUAUUAUAUUAACUCUCCUGAACUAGAACUUGAAGAACUAAAUGCAAAAUCACCAGGACAACCAAUACAAGUGGUUUAUGUACCAUCCCAUCUCUAUCACAUGGUGUUUGAACUUUUCAAGAAUGCAAUGAGAGCAACUAUGGAACACCAUGCUGACAAAGGUGUUUACCCCCCUAUUCAAGUUCAUGUCACACUGGGUAAUGAGGAUUUGACUGUAAAGAUGAGUGAUCGAGGAGGUGGUGUUCCUUUGAGGAAAAUUGACAGGCUCUUCAACUACAUGUAUUCAACUGCACCGCGGCCUCGUGUGGAGACUUCCCGCGCAGCGCCCCUGGCUGGUUUUGGUUAUGGAUUGCCCAUAUCACGUCUCUAUGCGCAGUACUUUCAAGGAGACUUAAAGCUGUAUUCCUUAGAGGGCUACGGAACAGAUGCAGUUAUUUACAUUAAGGCUCUGUCAACAGAAUCGAUUGAGAGACUCCCUGUGUACAACAAAGCUGCCUGGAAGCAUUACAACACCAACCAUGAGGCUGAUGACUGGUGUGUCCCCAGCAGAGAGCCAAAGGAUAUGACCACUUUCCGCAGUGCCUAAGGGCACUUGAGACACUUGGAAAGUUCAGUGUGUUUUUGUGUUACAUUUGGAAGGGAUGGUGUUCUCAACUCCAUUAUACCAAAUACUUCAUGUGUCACUUUCACAGUUAACUCUUUGGGUAGAAUAAAUGGAAACUGAAUUCCA